AUGAUGAGGAGGGCAUUUACAGAUAAAAAGCCAGUAACAACCUCCAAUCUUAUCCCACAAACAAAGCCAACAAAUUAUAUUUUAGUUAUUAUAAUACAUUCAGGAAUAUUUAGUCCGUUAGAAACUGGAUUAUAUUGUGUUUGUAAGAUUGACGAAAAGAAGUACAGGACAUUAACAAAAGUUGGGAAUAAACCUAUUUUUAAUGAACAGUGGACAGUUUCAGUUCCAGAAAAAACGAAUAUUUUACAGAUUGAAGUAUGUAAACAUAAUAAAUUAAAUCAAAAGCAUAUUCUUGGAAUUGUAAGAGUAUCAUUAAAACGAUUAGGAAUAAACCUAGAAACAACAGAGAAAUACACUGUUUUUUCUUAUUCUUCUGUUGAAGUUGGGAAAUUAAAUAUUACAUUUAAGAGGUUGUCAAGAGAAAAUGAGCAGAAUUUGAUAAUUGGCGAAGAGUCAAAGAAAUCAAGUGAAAAGUCAAGUGAAAAGUUUUCUCUUUUAACGUCAUCAAUCGAAGAACUUAAUUUAUCAUAUAAACCUCAAAAUGACUUAUCUUUAGAUCAUGUCCAUAGAAAAAAGUUUAUGCCACAACUUCCAUCAGCAAAGGAUAGAGAAACAAUUGAAGCGUGUGGAUUAUUUUCAGCAGUAUUUACUGUUACAGUAGGAGACAUUACAAAAGAUCUUCUUCAUUUUAUGAAAACAAGCAAUGCAACAUUUAGCAGUAUAGAACAAGUAGGACUAACAGGAGUUAUUACAAAUUGUUAUCCACCAAAUAAUGGAGGUAAAAUAGUUCCAUUAAAUAUUUGGAAUUUUUGUUUUGGAGAUGGGUUAAGAGUAAGUAGAACGAAUAAAAAUAUAAGUGUUGUUCCAUUUGUUAUGACAGAUGCUAUGGCUAAUACUAAAUAUGCGUGUUUCUUAAUUGCUUAUUUUAAAAUUGAAAAAGAAAUGAUUAAAAAAAUACAAGAAAUUAUUCCAAAAACACCUGAUGAAUUAUAUGCACCAUAUGCUGUUGGAGUAACAAGUGAUUUUCCAUUACAUACAUUUAUGAGAAAAUGGUUAAAGUCAUUGUAUGAAAUAAAUGUAGAAAAUGAUAUGAAAUUUACAGAUUAUUGUCAUCAAGUCAUUUUUAUGACUGGGAAACCAUCAUUUGGAAAUUUAUAUUCAUACGAUUUUGGACAAUUAGGAUUUAAAGUUGAAAUACAUUUACCUUGUUUAAAUGGAUUACCACCAAUACCUACAAGUAUCCUUCCAUUAUUUGAAAUGAUUGGAAUUGAUGGAGUACUUGCUGUAUGGCUAGCACUAUUAGAAGAAGAAAAAGUAAUAAUUACAAGCACAUCAAAAACUGGAUUAGUUUAUUCAAUAGAAAAUUUAAAAUCAUUGUUAUUUCCAUUUGAAUGGUGUAAUAUUUGUAUUGACUCAUUACCUUAUUCAUUAAUUGAUUAUGUAAGUUCUCCAAUGACAUAUUUAAUGGGAGUACCAUCAGAAUAUAAAGAAGAUGUAGAAAAAAUUAUUAAAAAUGAAGAAGUAGUAUAUGUUGAUUUAGAUAGUGGAGUAGUAAAAUCAAAAGGAAUAAUAAGAGAAGUACCAAAAUUAAUAAAUACAGUAUAUCAUGAACUUAAAGAUGUUUUUAAUAAAAGAGAAUAUUCAAGUGGAAAUAUUAAUUCAGACAUAUUUGAUGAAAAGUAUUAUUUACAUAAAAGUGAAGAAUUUAAUUGUUCAGUUAGAAUUAUAUUAUUUAAAUUUAUUAAUAUUAUGUUAAAUGAAUAUAGAGAUUAUAUUGGAUAUACUUGGAUUGCAGAUAAAGAGUCUGUAGUUUUUUCAUCAGAAGAAUUUAUUUAUAAUCAACCAUCAGAUAGAAGAGACUUCUUGAAAGCAUUGUUUGAGUCUCAACAUUUUUCAUUCUUCCUUCAAAAUUUCCCAAAAAGACAUGACCAUAUAUUUGAAGAUUGGCAAAUAAAUAAUAUUUAUUUAAUUAAUACUAAUGAACUUAUUCAAAUGUAUUCAAAAGAAUAUCAUCCUAUUACUUCAAUUAUUCAAACAUCAACAGAAAAAAGUCUUGAAGUAUCUCCAAUUAAUACAUUGGUAUUGGAUUGUGGGAAACUUAAAUCAUUAAGAGUAAGAAACACUGUAGUUAAUUCACAAUUAGAACCAAAAAUGUAUCAUAAUCAUUUAGAAGGAUUAAAAAAACAAAGAGUAAAAGAAGUAUUUAAUAAUGAUAUAAUACAAUUUAGUGAUAUUCAAAUUGGAAUAUUGUUGAAGGAAGAAAAAUAUUUACACAACGAUUAA